CGGCGGAUACUGCACCAACAUUUGUAUUAGUGGUGGUGGAGCCGCCCCCACGUACGGCUGCGCCACCCUUCGCCGGCAGCGCGUGCGCCCAUGUCUAUCCUCUCUCCUCUCUCCCGGACGUCCAUGUGCAUCGAUGAUAAUGGAGAUAAGAAGAAAAAAGACAGGGAAUUGCGAUAAAUGAAUCCUUGUCGUUUCCAAGAACUUCUUGCUGGUAUUUGGAUCUUCCCUGGUUCAUGGUCCCUUUCAGUUUCAACUCUGCAAAAUCCUGCUGCUCAUGUUUGAAAUUAUGCCCGAUGACUUUGUACCUCGGGAACACAGAGUUAAUCGAGGGCCUCAUCAUCUCCAUGCUCAUGUUUUGUUCUCUUUUCAAACCAUUGGGAUCAAUCUCGAAACCUCGUUGAGAAAUUCUCUGUAUGACUGCAAUAUUUUAAGUGCGAAACUGUGUCAGUUCUAUCGCCCAGCCAAUAAUGCGCAACUCCCCAUGUGAUAAUAUCCAAUGGAUACAUCAUGAACUCAGUCAACUUUGUCACUGUUAACUUUAAACCCAUAAAUAUGAAUCUUAACCAUAAAUAUGAGUUCUGCAGUUUCCCUUUAAAUUAUUGAUCUGUUAUCUUUCCCUGGCACUGUCGGAGGCAUGUUUUCCCUGCAGACUAGACAUGUACCUGGCCAAGGUAUUGAGAUUCGUUUGCCAUGCUUUGGGAGAGUCAAGUCUAUUUAAAUAUUCCAGUGGGAGCCUCCGUAGGGAGUCUUAAACCUUCCAUCUGCCUUGCCAGAUCGAUCGUUCCAAGCAAAUUGCGGCUUCAAGUUGUGUGAGAGAGACUGAGGAUAUAAUUUCACUUCUCCAUGUUCUGCUAAGGUUGCUGAGGAAGGUGGCUCAUAAAAAGAACUCAGCAGUUUUUUACGGAGGUGUUGAUCCUUGUUUGAGAUCAUUUCUUGGGAGAAUUAGCCAAGAAUCACAGGAAGAACUAUUCUCACAUUGCGUAAAUGGAAGGAUUCCUCAAUCAGCAUGGCGAAGAAUACAUAUCAGUGAAGAAGGUGAUGUUGAAACAGGAAGAAACUUUCAGGCACCAGGUCCAGGAACUUCAUCGCGUGUACCAAAUUCAGAAAUUGUUGAUGAAAGAAGCACAACCAAACCGCAAACCCUCGAAACAAACAAAUCAAACUAACUCAGACAAGUGCACACCUGAGCACUCUGAUGAACUGAAAGUUGAUGCUGAUGAAGAGGGUGACUUGGAGCUGACACUUGCCACCGGAAGUAGAACUCAAUGGAAGAAGAAAAGUGCUUCAUACAUUUCAGACUCGGGAUCAGGUUUUUCUUCAACCUCAGGCGACUCAGCAGGUAGGAGGCAGACAAAGAGUGUCUGGCCUCUGACACAUGAUUCUAUAAGAUUCAUAGAAAGGAAGAAUACAGGUUUGAAGAUUGAGAAAAUGAAACAGGAUGAACUGAAGCAGCCUUCUUGGCUCUUCCUCUGCAAUAAGCAACAUAGCAUGGUAGCUUCUUUAGGAUUGUAAUGAAAACAUGAAACAUAUUCGAUCUGUAACGUCCUCAUUCAAAAACCUUACAAUUCAUUCUACAAUGCAGAAAAAGGUUGGAGUUCUGUAAACGCAAAGCAUGCAGAAGUUAGCAUUCUCUGAAGA